CCCCUUCUCUUCCUCCUCCUCCUUCCCGAUGCCGAAUUAUACAAACCGUUGGCACCCUGAGUUCGGCUGACCAUUCCACUCAAUGGAGCAGUUCCCAACGCCAGGCCCUCCUGCCCUGAGCUCUGAUGACUCGUGUGAAGAUGUUCAGGCCCAACCCCCUCAGUUUAACCCAGAGUUGGUCAUCAGACAUUGCUUCAAGCAGUUCAAGCACAAAAGUUGCAGUCCAACCCCUGAGGAAGAGAGUGACCAGAGGCUCUCCAGACGCCGCAUCGUAGUUGCACCUACCAUGGCGAAGAUCUCUGGGGACUUCAACCUGGAGUUGGACAACUGGCUGGUGCUCCCUGAACUCAAGAGUUACUCUCCUCAUUCCCAGAAAACCGUGGAAAGAAAGAGGGAGGACGAUUUGCACAACUGGCUCUCCCAAAGGCAGAAGAUCCAGGAAGAACUUGAUUUUUCUGUGGAUUUAGAGAGGUGGGUGAGCACAAAGCCAACUUCCACUCAGUUGGAGGCAAAAGUGGUGAAGAAGAUUCAAUGCUGCAGAGAGGCCGAGCAGGCAGCGGCCAUGGCUGCCCAACUGAAGAAACUCCCACGCAAACGCAGGAUUAUUCCCAAGCUGAAAAUACCAGAACCUGCAGUUCUUUCUCAGCUUCAUGCUUACUUAUACAAGCACAACACCAAGCUGGCUGAUGUAUUCACCAAGGGGGGAUGGGACAAAAAGAAUAUCUCCAGGACAGAAUUUAUCACAGAAAUGAAGAAGGUCCGUGCCCCUCUGACUGACCAGGACCUGGAAGAUCUGGUGAUUUACCUGAGCUCCCUGAACCGGCAAAUGGGGAUCAGCAGUGUCGACAUGGAGAUAUCGUUCAAAGACUGGCUCAGUUCCUUUAAGCUCUGCAGUGCUCUCCAGAACAACCGGAUAAGCUACAGACCCGUUCCACUGGUCAAGAAAAAGCCACCUUCUAGCAGUGCAUCUCCAAAGCUGAUAUACUUGGAAGUGCCUUCCUUCCCCAUAGAAACCAAGCACAUGCCUCUGACGUAUGAGGACAUGGAAGAGGUUGGGAAGCGGUACCGAGAGAGGAGGAGAAAAGCUAAGAAAAAGGUCAAUCCCCUACUGUAUGCUGAAAGAUGCCGCCUGGUGCGUAGCGGGAUCAAGAUCUUUGAUGACAAUUGCAUCUUGUCCACGCUCAGGGAAGAGAUGGGGGAGUGGACAAACAUCUAUCGGCAGAAGUGCUUCAUGAUCUACCUGCAAAGCGUGAAGCUCUGCCAGAAAUAUAGCAUCUCACUGACAGAGAAGGUCUUAAGUAAAGCUCUGCUUUACCCUGGAGACAAAAUCAUCCAGGAGAAAGGAAUCAUGCGCAAGAUCCGACAGCCCUGGGAGUGUUUCAGUAAUCUCUGGAAGGAAGAACAAAGCACAAGCUUGCGGAAGGAAGAAGACAGGAAAACCUCGGAGAUCACGGAUGAGACGGAGAACUUCGACUGGAUAAGCUUCAAAGAGUUUGAUACUCUGAUCAGGCAGUUGAAAGAGCGGCACUGCAGAGGAGCCGGUGCAACCCAUCCCAACUUCUUCUGGCCUGGUCACCUCCUGGACAAGCUUCGGCUUUACCUCCCAGUGCAGGGGCGAGACCGGGAAAAUCCCCUCUUCAGUUGGAUCUGCCAGACUCCACCCGUCUAUCCUGCCACCUACCACCCGAAAGACUGGUGGCCCAUCAACUAUCAAGGAUACAUGACCUACGGCAACUAUAACCCCAAGAAGACUUAUUUGCUUUAGAGAGAGCAGGGGUGGUAAAGCCCAACCUCGCCGUGCUUCAGCAAAUAUGACACCAAAACGUCGUGAUUUUCCCUGGCUUGCAACCGAAGUCUCAAAACCUGGAGAAUCGUGUCUUGGUCCGAAGAAACUUGUGAAAUUGAACAAUAAAAUCGCAAA